AUGAGUUUUGCUGAAACACAAUUAAAAAAAUAUGGCUGGACCCGAGGUCAAGGAUUGGGAAAGAAUUCGAAUGGAAUAAAAAAUCCUAUAAUAAUUUCAAAUAAAAAGAAUACUCGAGGGCUUGGAUUGACAGAAGAUUGGUCAUUCGAAUGGUGGACUCAAGUUUAUAAUAAAUCAUUGGAUAAUAUAGAAGUUUCUAAAAGCUUGGAUGGAGAAAUAAGGAUGACUAAAACGAUUAAAAAUCCUGAAAUUCCAAGAAAUAAAAUGGGAAUUAUUAGUACAGUUGAAUCACAUUAUUCAAAUAUAAACAAUGAAAAAAAGCCACAUUCUAAUUUUCUAUAUAAUAAUUUUGUUAAAGUGAAGUAG